AUGGAGACGGACAAUGCAGCGCCAGAUUCCCAAGAUACCCACGCCGACGGCGACAACAACAACAACAAUGGCGACGCACCACAACCAGCAGCACCACCAGCAGCGCCCGCCGUCCCCGGCCCCCGCGCAACUCGAUUCCAAGAGCUCUACGCGCAAAGCCUGAAGCGCACGCUGGCCAAGCUGAAAUGGGACAACUUCGCGGCCUGCUACCCGACGGUGGCGAGCAAGGCGGAGCCGGUGCUGAAGCAGGUCCAGACGCAAAUGGCGGAGAAGCUGGCGGAGAAGUGCGAGAGAGAAUUCGAAAGCAUCCUCAUCGCGAGGCAAGUUGUGCCCAAGCUCAACGACCUCGAAAGCCUCGUCGCAGACGCCACACAUCGACGCAUAUCUUCAGCGCCUGACGCUCCUAAACCAACUCCACCCCAUCUCCUCCCCGCCAAAGACAUCCUCUCCGCGCAUCUCGCCCCGUCUCUCGCCUCCCACCAGUCCCUCCUCAACGCCAAGCUCCAGACAGCCCAAUCCCACAACGCCAUCCUCUACGAGCAGAUCCGCAGCCAGCGCGCAGAGAUUGAGGCGCUGCUCGACUCGCUCGAGGCCGCCGUCGGGGACGUCAGGAGCGCAAAUGCCGCGCUGGCGCCCGUCGUGGACCAGUUGGCUGCCGAGGCGAGGGACGUGGACAAGGCUGUUUCGGAAUGA